AGCCUUAGGAUGGUAAGAUAUUGAAAUUAUAAUCAGCCGUACUUUCUCAUUAUUUUUUUUUACAUACAAAGGUAAUAUAGAGAUGAAGAGUUCAAGGUGGCAAGGAAAGGCAAGAUUUAUUUUUUACUGAUGUCUGAUGAUUUGCGAGCGAGAUGACGAUCGUGAUGCGACUCUUGGCUGCCUCUGACUUGGCUGAUGUCUGUCUUGUCUGAGCCUUUAUUAUUUUUAAGUUGACCCUGUUUUAGCCGCACUAACGAGAACAAGGACAACAAAGUGGACCAGGUCUUGAUAAUGGACCCGUCUCUGGUCUAUCGGCCUGACAUCUCAGAUGAAGAGAAGAAAUACCUGGGCUUGACUGACAUAUCACAAGAGACAGAAUUCACGCCUGGAAAAGAUGAGGCUGACUUCCGGAGAUUUGAUGAUGAUGACAGCAAUGCCACUAUGGCCCAAGUGAAGAAGACGUACUAUCUCAUGCACACUAAUCAAACGUAUGACUAUGUCAUGAAACAGCAUGAGAAAUGGCUAAGCUUCACCCUAGGUGAGAUGACUGUCAUGGAAGCACUUGAUCUUCUUAACAGCCUCAUUGAUGAAUCAGAUCCUGAUACUGAUCUGCCUAACAUCUACCAUGCCUUCCAGACUGCAGAAAGGAUUCGAGAGAAGCAUCCUGAUAAAGACUGGUUCCAUCUCAUCGGUCUUAUUCACGACAUGGGUAAAAUCAUGGCCAUGCACGGUCAACCACAGUUUUCGACUGUAGGUGACACGUUCGUGGUUGGCUGUCUCCCUCCUGAAUCCCUGCCCUACGGCCUGAAGAGCUUCACCGACAACCCUGACCUCCAGGACCCCCGUUACAACACCCGCCUUGGUAUCUACAAGGAGAAUUGUGGCCUUAGCAACGUGACCAUGUCAUGGGGUCACGACGAGUAUCUGUAUCACGUCUUAAACAAGAAUAAGACGACGUUGCCGGAGGAGGGUCUUUACAUGGUGCGCUUUCAUUCUUUCUAUCCAUGGCAUCGGGGUAAUGAAUACACCUUCCUGACUGACAAUAAAGAUAGAGAGAUGCUGAAAUGGAUCCAUGAAUUCAACAAAUUUGAUCUGUACUCCAAGUCAGACAGCGUGCCCAACAUCGAUGCCUUACGACCUUACUACCAGUCUCUUAUUGACAAGUACCUUCCUGGAAAGCUGACAUGGUAGAUUCCAGCAGAAUUUCUUUUUUGAACUUGGCCGAUUUCAUCUAUCUGUGAGAUAGCAACGUCCAGGAGGAUAUGCAGGAAAUCAUUUUGACUUGAUCUAAUAAUUAUUGUGUGAUGUGCAUGAUUGCUAACACAGGGACAUUACAAGGUGUACGUGUGAAAUGGGAAGGUGAUUAGAAAAUGCAAUAAGAUAUUUUUGUAUUAAUAGACGUAUUAUAAAAAGUGAUGACUUAUUUGGUUGUGUUUGUUCAUUAAUCAUAUAUGUUCAUAUAUGUUAAUAGCUAUCAGCUACCCUGUGCCCUAACCUUUCCUACAUAGCUCAGAUGAUCAAUGCAUGUACAGCAUUGAGGAGGCACUAUCUCUUUGUUGCAUUUCAUCUCUUUUUUUUUAAUUCUUUUUUUUUCACUUUGACUUGCCAUUCCUUCCGAAUUGAAAAAUGAAACAAUUACCUUGUUCCCUAUAGAUCUCUUUGCCUCGAUAACCUGUGAUUUCAUAUCAAAUAUCCCCCCUCCCCCAAUAGAAGCAAGUCAUUUAAUGGUUGUUUCAUGUGGGUAACUUUUGAUUAUGUUCAGAGGGAAUUUAACUUAAGCAUGCAUCCCCCCCGGCUCUCGUACUUAGGCUGAUAUCACAAAGCUUAGUGACUGAUCAUAGGAUUGAUUUCUAUGAUACUAUAUUAAUAUAGUAGUAAUCAUUAAUUAUAUAUGAAUAGUUACGCAUACUUUCAUUCAUUAUGUUAGUAUCAUGUGUAUGCCUUUAUAUCUUUCAUUCACAUAUUACAUACAUGCAUAUUAAAUGGAGAUUUCCUUUUUAUUCCUUGGUUUCUUGGGACUUGUUUGGGGUCAUGACCUCCAAGGAACCCCCUCACCUUCACCCUCGCUUCAAUAGGUCCAUCAGACUGUACACUUACAAAUGUACCGGUACUAGUCAAAUUGUUAACUAUCAAGAGUGUGUGAGCAGGAAUGUUAUUCUAAAUAACACUGUCUUGUUUUUGUGUAUAAAUGUUUCACUUCUUCCAAUACAAGAUGAUAUUCAUCUGUUUGUGAUACUAGUAAAUUGCAAUGCAACAACACGCAAACUUUCAAUUGUAGAAAAAAAUUUAUAUUGUGCAUACAUGAAUUCAUCCUUAUUAUAUGCAUUAUUUUUGUUAUACAUUUAUUACUGUAGAUUGUUAUAGCUAUGGUUAUCUUUCUGUAAUAUUAUAUGAAAAAACUUUUUUUAGAAUUACAUACGAAGCUUCGCGCUCCCCAAGCCUAACAUUAUGAAUGUCUUAUCAGAGGUGAUGUCAGAGGCAAGUAAACUGAAGCUUAGAUUUGCAGUGUAACUUCUGCAACGAACAACAGAAGUACGUGUAGUUAUGCUGCGCAAGCAUAUAUCAAUAUUUUUACCAAAUAUCAAUGUUUUUGCCCCCAAACCCUUAUAGAUGUUGCAUCACAAAUCUAUCACUGCCUAAUGUUUUCUCCUGGAAAUAUAGGUAUAGUAUCUCUUGAUUUCUUCUAAGAUAAAGGAUACCCACUUUAGGGUUUUAUUGCUAAAAGGGUUAGUUUGGUGUUGCCUCAUGGACUUGGAUAUGGGGUUAUAUUUUGUUUGGGUGCAAUUGCUGGUGGAAGCAUAGAAUGAACCAAAGCUUUUAUUGCCAGGGCAAGGGUUAUCAUACAGAGUGAUGAAUGCUUGCAAACAGUGAAUUCAGGAAUUUUCCGGGGCCUGUAAAAGGUUUCAAAAGGUUUGUAAAAUGUAACAAGAUAGUUUAUGAACACUUUUUCAGUUUUGACAUUUAUUUAUGUGUUUGAAAUUUCUUUGUGAAUCUGUUUUUGCAAACGGUUGUUUGUGUUUGCUAGACAGUCGUAUACUUUUUUGCAAACAGUUUCAAAACAGUGUCACAACCAUAUGGAUUCUAAAUGCAAUAACCACAGAAAAAAAAGUGCCUCAAUCAUUUUGAAGCAUAUCUUUGUGCAUCUCAAACAGUUUGGAAAUAGCUUUUGAUGUCGCAAACAGAAAUUUGUGAAGCAUUUGCAAUAAUCUGCAGGAAAGUUGACAAAUCCAAACAUUGCUAGCCACAAACAUUCGUUCCUUGGUAAGAUACAAUCUUUGAGACUCUCAGAGGUUUCUACGGGUCAACCCUUUCAAUGAAUUCAUUCAGGUAGGCCAGUAAGUAUUUGUAAUCGUGUCUGAUUUUCUCAGGAAAUUGUGUGGAUUUUGCUUCAAUCGCAAAAUACCGCCAUAUUUGUGUAUGACUUUUUACAUAAUUUGGGCGUUGAAGUUUUGUACAUGUAAAUACAUUUUAAUUGUAUAUAUAUGAUUCCUAAAAAAUGGAUUAUAUGUAAUUUAAAUUUUAUACAAUUUAUGAUGUAUCAUGUUGAAAUUAUCAUAGUUAUACAUUAAUAUAAGGUACUUUGGUGUAUGUAUAUUAAAGUGACAAUAGACUUAUUUCAUUUUAAAUUGUACUUGCAUAAAACUUUCAUAAUAAAUUUAUAUAUCCAAAUA